GACAGGCGUCUACUCUAAGUCACAGUUGGUGAGCUUCACGCCCGUGUACUUGUAGCGUUUUUGCGUUUUAGAGUGUUUGAAAUGCGUUAAUAGCACUGUAAAGGCACAAAUCGAACGCAAUUUUGCUGUCUAACGACAAUGGAACAAGAACGUUUGAGAAAUCGAGGUAUUAUGAAGGAGGAUAGGAUGAAUCAGUUGCCUGAAGAGUUGCUUCUACAUAUAUUGUCUUUACUUCCAACAGAAACUGUUGUAACCACGAGUGUUUUGUCUAAACGAUGGCGGUCUCUUUGGAAGUUGGUGCCAAAUCUUGAGUUUGAUUCUGAUCACCACCAUACAUUUUCAGAGAAUGUUUGCAAGUUUUUUCUUUCACAUAAAGCUCCUGUUCUAAAGAGUUUGCAUCUCAAAUUUGGAUUACAUGAAGUUAAUCCUGUAGAUGUUGGAAUUUGGGUUGGAAUUGCGUUUGCUCGAAAUUUGCGUGAAUUAGUACUCCAUUGUCUUCCUCAUCCAGAAACAUUCACAUUUCCGAGUAGCUUGUGUACUUGUAACACACUUGAGACUUUGGAACUCAAGUUUUUUCUUGUUGAUAUCACUUCUCCGGUUCUUAUGAAGUCUCUUAGAACUCUACGCCUUCAAUUUUUGGGCUUCAGGGGGGAUGAAUCUAUAUGUAACCUUUUAUCUGGCUGCCCUGUUCUUGAAGAUUUGGUUGUGGAUCGAUGUGGCUAUUGUCACGAUGUUGUGACUUUCACUAUUUCGGUCCCAUCUUUGCAGAGACUAUGGAUUCAUGAAGACAAUCAUGGAGAAGGGAUUAGAGGAUAUAUGAUCAAUGUUCCCUCUUUGAAAUUCUUGGAAAUUAUAGGACUAAAAGGUUUUGACUUAUGUCUAAAUGCGCCGGAGCUGGUGGAGGCAUAUUUUUUUGAAGGUUCUUCUUAUAUAAUCAGUGAGAAGUUUCUUGGAUCUCUUAAGUCAGCCAGACAUCUUUCCUUGGAUCUAUCACCACCCUUGGAGAUUGCAUAUCCUACUAGAAGUAACUUCGAUCAGCUGAUAUCUCUAGAGAUUGGUACACGUAAAGCAGAGUGGUGGAAUCUACUUACCCUCAUGCUCGAAAUUUCUCCUAAACUACAAGUCCUCAAGCUCACUGAUGAAUAUCUGAAUUUUAGAAAAGAUGGUUUGGUGGGCGGAAAAUGGAAUGAACCAAAGUAUGUUCCUGAAUGUUUGUUGUCUCACCUCGAGAAAUUUGUGUGGAUAAGGUACAUUUGGGAAAGAGAAGAAGAGAAAGAAGUGGCUACAUACAUUCUAAAGAACGCAAGACGAUUGAAGAAGGCAACUAUCUCCACAAAUUCCAUUGAAUCGAAUGAGUUCAACAAGUUAGAAAGAAGGCUUAAUAGGCUCAAAGAAUUGGAUGGUGUGGUCAGAGCUUCAAGUUCUUGCCACCUUUUGUUCGAGUUUGAUUCAUCUUGUAGUAUUCAUUUUUAGACUCUUCUAUCACAUAAAGCAUGUUAGCUAGUUUGGCCAGUUAGAGAGAUUUGCAUUGGAUUUGGAUAUCGAGGAUGGUUCUACUUAUAUAUAUCCUGGGUUUUAUCUA